CUCAAAGAAGAAUAGAAGAAAUAAAAAUAACAGUAUGCAGGUUGUGAAACUUGUCUCCCUUUUUUCUUUCUUGCUAUUCAUGCUGGUGUUUCAGCCAGCAUCGGCGCGAGCACCGGCUGGUCUGGCAAAACCUAAUUGUUCAGACCACUGUGGAAAUAUUAGCAUUCCAUACCCGUUCGGGAUUGGAAAGGAUUGCUACAUGGCGGAAUCUUUUGACGUUGAAUGCAAUGAAACUUCCAAUCCUCCUAGAGCUUUUUUACGCAGCAUCAAAAUGGAGUUGGUGAAUAUUACAUUAGAAAGAGGUGCAGUUGUCGAGGGUCCAGUGAUAUCCGUUGAUUCUUCGGGCCGGCAAGAAGUUCUACCUUUGAAUUUGGAAGGAACUCCUUUCACCCCAUAUUACAAUUAUUUCAUUGCAGUGGGCUGCAAUACUCGAGCCAGUUUGUGGACAAAAAAUGGCUCGACCGAACAUGUUGGAUGCGACUCAAUUUGCUCCAACGGUAGUUCCAUUAGUAAUAUUCGGCUUGAAAUUGGUGCAUGCUCUGGUAAGGACUGUUGUCAAGAUAUGUACUGGCCUCCCUCACUUCAGGUUUUCAAUUCAAGUUUCGAGUUAAUAGAGAGUAAACAAGGAAGUUACGGGCGUAUACUGGCCUUCCUAGCAGACACGGAUUGGUUUGAUUCCAAAAUAUGGAGUACCCAAGAUAUCAACAAAUUGCCAAGUACUGUUCCUAUGUUGCUUGGUUGGAUACUAAAUAAUAAUAGUUGGACAUACAACGAAGAUACCAUGGAUUGCUACGUAACGCGAAUAAAUAGUACGACAAAUAUGACAGCCGGACGUUGUUCUUGCUCAGAAGGUUAUGAGGGCAACCCUUACCUUCAAUGCAGAGUUAUCGGUCUGGCCCUUGGAGUACUGUUCUUGCUCAUUGGUGCUUGGUGGAUGUCCAAACUUAUCAAACGAAGGAAGUGCAUUCAGUUGAAGAAGAAGUUUUUCAAACGGAAUGGUGGUCUCUUAUUGCAGCAACAAUUAUCCUCAAGUGAUGGUAGUGUUCAUAAGACAAAAAUAUGCAGUUCAAAUGAGUUGGAAAAGGCGACCGAUUUUUUUAAUGAGAACAGAAUACUUGGUCAUGGCGGCCAGGGAACCGUUUACAAGGGAAUGUUAGCUGAUGGGAGUAUUGUUGCAGUUAAGAAGUCUACAAUAGUGGAUGAAGAAAAACUAGAAGAAUUCAUCAACGAGGUUGUCAUUCUUUCACAAAUCAGUCACAGAAAUGUGGUUAGGCUACUUGGAUGUUGCCUGGAGACUGAUGUUCCUCUGCUAGUCUAUGAAUUCAUUCCCAACGGAACUCUUUCCCAAUAUCUCCAUGAGCAAAACGAGGACUUUACGUUAUCAUGGGAAUCGCGGUUACGAAUCGCCUCGGAAGCUGCAGGUGCGAUAUCCUACCUUCACUCGACAGCAUCUAUCCCGAUUUAUCACCGAGACAUUAAGUCCACAAACAUACUCUUAGAUGAGAAAUAUAGAGCAAAAGUUUCAGAUUUCGGAACUUCAAGAUCAGUUUCCAUUGAUCAAACUCAUCUGACCACCAAGGUGCAAGGUACCUUUGGUUACUUAGAUCCAGAAUAUUUUCGAACCAGUCAAUUAACAGAGAAGAGUGAUGUUUAUAGUUUUGGAGUAGUUCUCGUGGAGCUCUUAAGUGGGAAAAAAACAAUUUUCUUAACCCAUUCACUGGAAACCAUGAGCUUAGUCGAACAUUUCAUUGAUUUGAUGGAAGAUGGUAGACUCUUUGAUAUCAUUGAUGCUCAGGUUAAGGGGGAUUGCACUGAAGAGGAAGCCAUAGUUAUAGCGAAUCUUGCAAAGAGAUGUCUGGAUUUGAAUGGAAGAAACCGACCAACAAUGAGAGAAGUUGCAAUGGAAUUGGAGGGGAUUCUAUUAUCACGUAACGGUAUCAAUAUUCAACAAAUUGGUGAAGUGGAUAAUUCAUCGAGGUCGAUUUCCUGCAGCAGUUUCGAGAUUGGUAUAGAUCUACCAUUAGAUUGCAAACCGUCGAUUUCUUCUGAAACAUGGUGAGCGAUUAAGAAAAUAUAUCACAAAUCAUAUGUUUCUUUUUUGUUUUAAGACUUUUCUGAUGGAAUAAAAACUUAUAUUUGUAUUGU